AUGUCGGCCGAGCCUGGAUCACCAGAUAUCAAGCAGGAGCAAAAGAAGAAGAUCAAUCUCAACGAUGCUUCCGGUGCUGAGCACAAGACUAAUGAUGAUACCGCGACGGCCAUUCUGAAAAAGAAGAAGAAGCCAAAUUCCUUGAUGGUCACCGAUGCCGCUACCGAUGAUAACUCUGUGAUCGCUCUGUCCAACAACACUAUGGAGACGCUCCAAUUGUUCCGUGGCGAUACCGUCUUGGUGAAGGGAAAGAAGCGCAAGGACACUGUUCUAAUCGUUCUCGCCGAUGAGGAGUUGGAUGACGGGAGCGCGCGUAUGAACCGUGUUGUUAGACAUAACCUUCGCGUCAAGCACGGCGAUGUCGUCACCGUUCACCCUUGCCCCGACAUCAAAUACGCCAAGCGCAUUGCUGUCCUUCCUAUCGCCGAUACCGUUGAAGGCCUCACCGGGUCUCUCUUCGAUGUCUUCCUCGCCCCAUACUUCCGGGAGGCAUACAGACCCGUUCGUCAGGGCGACCUUUUCACAGUCCGUGGUGGUAUGAGACAAGUCGAGUUCAAGGUUGUGGAGGUCGAUCCUCCGGAAUACGGAAUUGUUGCACAAGAUACCGUCAUUCAUUGCGAAGGCGAACCCAUCCAGCGCGAGGAUGAGGAGGGUAACCUGAACGAGGUUGGAUAUGAUGAUAUUGGAGGAUGCCGAAAGCAGAUGGCCCAGAUCCGCGAAAUGGUCGAGCUUCCUUUGCGCCAUCCUCAGCUCUUCAAGUCCAUCGGUAUCAAGCCUCCCCGUGGUGUCCUUAUGUUCGGUCCUCCAGGUACUGGAAAAACACUCAUGGCUCGAGCUGUGGCAAAUGAGACUGGUGCUUUCUUCUUCUUGAUCAACGGUCCCGAAAUCAUGUCGAAGAUGGCUGGUGAGUCCGAAUCGAAUCUCCGCAAAGCAUUCGAGGAGGCCGAGAAGAACUCUCCUGCGAUUAUCUUCAUUGAUGAGAUCGACUCUAUCGCCCCAAAGCGUGACAAGACCAACGGAGAGGUUGAGCGCCGUGUCGUUUCCCAACUCCUUACCCUGAUGGACGGCAUGAAGGCUCGAUCGAACGUUGUUGUUAUGGCCGCUACUAACAGACCCAACUCGAUCGACCCUGCCCUUCGUCGUUUCGGACGUUUCGAUCGGGAGGUCGAUAUCGGCAUUCCAGACCCAACUGGCCGCCUCGAGAUUCUUCAAAUCCACACCAAGAACAUGAAGUUGGGUGAUGAUGUUGAUCUUGAGCAGAUUGCGUCUGAGACUCACGGUUACGUCGGUUCCGAUAUUGCAUCCCUCUGCUCUGAGGCUGCUAUGCAACAGAUUCGUGAGAAGAUGGAUCUCAUCGAUCUGGAUGAGGAUACAAUUGAUGCCGAAGUUCUUGACUCCCUGGGGGUUACCAUGGACAACUUCCGCUUCGCCCUUGGUGUUUCCAACCCAUCUGCUCUCCGCGAGGUUGCUGUUGUCGAGGUACCAAACGUCCGCUGGGACGAUAUUGGAGGACUCGAGGAGGUCAAGCGGGAGCUUAUCGAGAGCGUCCAAUAUCCCGUCGACCAUCCCGAAAAGUUCCUCAAGUUCGGUCUCUCCCCAUCCCGCGGUGUUCUCUUCUACGGUCCUCCUGGUACUGGUAAGACAUUGCUUGCAAAGGCUGUCGCCAACGAGUGUUCCGCCAACUUCAUCUCAGUCAAGGGCCCUGAGUUGUUAAGUAUGUGGUUUGGAGAGUCUGAGAGCAACAUCAGAGAUAUUUUCGACAAGGCCAGAGCCGCUGCUCCUUGCGUCGUGUUUUUGGAUGAGUUGGACUCCAUUGCCAAGUCACGUGGCGGAUCGAACGGUGACGCUGGAGGUGCUUCUGACCGUGUUGUGAACCAACUUUUGACUGAAAUGGACGGUAUGACAUCCAAGAAGAACGUCUUCGUCAUUGGUGCUACCAACAGACCUGAGCAACUUGACAAUGCUCUCUGCAGACCCGGUCGUCUUGAUACCCUUGUCUAUGUUCCUCUCCCCAACGAGUCGUCUCGUGCUGGUAUUCUUAAGGCACAACUCAGAAAGACCCCAGUCGCUCCUGACGUCGACCUUACUUACAUCGCUUCCCGCACCCACGGUUUCUCUGGUGCUGAUCUGGGCUUCAUCACUCAACGUGCUGUCAAGCUUGCCAUCAAGGAAGCCAUAUCUUUGGAUAUUGAGCGCCGCAAGGCUUUGGAGGCUGCCGGGGGAGACGUUGAUAUGGAGGACGAUGAUGCAGAGGAUCCAGUUCCUCAGUUGACCAAGGCCCAUUUCGAGGAGGCUAUGUCAUCCGCUCGCCGAUCGGUUUCCGAUGUUGAGAUCCGUAGAUACGAGGCUUUCGCUCAGAGCAUGAAGAGUUCUGGACCUGGUGCCUUCUUCAAGUUCCCCGAGGCUGGAGAGGCCGCUGCCAAUGCUGAGGGUGGAGCUGCUGGGUUCGGUAAUGCUGGUGAGGAUGACAGUCUCUACGACUAG